UGUGUCAGUUUAAUAGUGUGUUUGUUAGGCAUAUCUAUCGUUGACUUGUAUUGCAUUGACAAUGCAUUGUAGCGCUCGACUACUCUCUCGUAAGGCAUGAAUGCGUGAGUGAAGUGCAGUGAAUGAGACAUAGAUUUGACUGUAUUUUUAGGAGAGUUCGCCAUUCAAUUGAAUGCAUUGGAGAAAACAAACACCAAUUUAUGGCAUUUACUAUAACUAUAGCUAUACUGUACUGUAGUAUAGCUUAUAAUACUGUUUAUAACAUUCAAUGCUAUUGAGAGACUGUUUUCCCCAAAAGCGUACUCUUUGUUACACUUUGUCGACAAAAUGGCCGAUACUUUACAUGCAUUUGCGCGACCAUUAAAAGACCACUGACUAUCACCACAGAUAGGUUCACAACAGUGGCCAACAUUGAGCCGCAACGGGUGAUGACUAAAUGUAAAAGAAUAUCCCCGUUGACCACUUGACCCCAUCGAUUGCCACUAUCUUAUCGGCCAUUUGUUUGCAUAUCACCGACUCUUGUGUUUAUAAUCAUCGCUGCAAUUGAUUGAUUAGUGGCCAACACAAGAAAACCGACUGAAUUGGACGCACUAUGUCUUCAUCUACCGCUAAAACACAGCGAGACUGUCGACAACCACCACCGCAACCACAACAACAACAACCAUCACAGCGACCACUAAUGAAAAGGACGCGAAAGAAGACAGCAAUGAAAUAUUUUUGUGGUACAAAUGAGGAUCAAUUACAGAGUGAUAAUAAUAAUAAUAACGAAGAAGUAUCACUAGUAUUAGCCAACCGAACGGCGCCCUCAUCUUCAUUACAUUUGGCGAACUCUCUGUCCUCUUCAUGUGUGAGUCCAUUGCUCUUCGGUUGCCAUCACUCGCCAUAUGAUUUAAGACGAAAACUGUCGCCAACUCAUGAGUCAGUCACAUGUCAUUCUCCAGUGUCUACCACUUGUGACACCACUUCAUCGACAUCUGCCUCAACAAUACCUCCGUUACCUUCAUCAUCGUCGUCGUCGUCAAACACUACGAACUCAGGCUCUUCCUCUUCAUGUCAUUCAAGCGCACCUUAUUUUAUACAAACCAUUAACUCAAGAAAGAGGCCAAAAAAGUGUAAUUUUCAUCACAUGAAUGAAGGGUUAGGAACGGCUGCUUUAUAUUUAUUGUAUGAACUGCCAGAUGAAGUACUUUUGACAAUAUUUUCAUACCUUUUGGAGCAAGACUUGUGUCGAGUGGCACAAGUCUGCAAACGAUUCAAUACCAUUGCCAAUGAUUGCGAGUUGUGGAAAACACUUUACCAUAACGUCUAUGAAUACGAUUCACCACUUUUUCAUUCAGGUUUAUGUAAGUUUGAGUUCGUCUCAUACGAUGAAUGCGAUAUCGAAAAUCCGUGGAAAGAAAGCUUCAAACAAUUGUAUCGAGGAGUUCACGUACGGACCGGUUAUCAGGAACAGUAUGAGGUUAAUCCAGACCGAUAUAAAGGUCGAAAUAUAUCAUAUUUCGAUACAAUAGAACAGGCGUUUACAUACUCUGAAGAAUUAGAGAAUUCAUUAAUAUUUAUUCAUUCGGGACAUUAUAAGCCAGAAUACCUCAUCAUUGACUCGAGUGUUGCACUUAUAGGCGCCGCCUCGGGGAACAUAACUGAAAAUGUAGUAUUAGAAAAGGACAGCGAGUCUACCAUAACAUUUGUUGAGGGGUCAAGAGAUGCCUAUUUAGGUUACGUUUCGCUCAAAUUCUCUCCAGACGUGACCUCAUCAGUGCCACACCAUAAACAUUACUGCCUUGAAAUCAAUGAGAACUGUUCGCCAACUAUUGAUCACUGUGUUAUUAGGAGCACAUCAGUAGUCGGUGCAGCAGUUUGUGUGACCGGUGCGGCCGCUGAGCCUGUCAUUAGACAUUGCGACAUAAGUGACUGCGAAAAUGUUGGCCUUUAUGUGACUGACUUCGCUCAAGGAAUUUAUGAGGAAAACGAGAUCAGCCGGAAUGCGUUGGCCGGAGUUUGGGUCAAAAAUCAUGCCAACCCUAUAAUGCGUAGAAACCAUAUUCAUCACGGAAGAGAUGUCGGAGUUUUUACCUUUGAUAACGGUUUGGGAUAUUUUGAGGCAAACGAUAUUCAUAAUAACAGAAUUGCUGGCUUUGAAGUUAAGGCCGGAGCCAAUCCUACUGUUGUACGCUGUGAGAUACAUCACGGACAGACAGGUGGCAUAUAUGUCCACGAGUCAGGUAGGGGUCAGUUCAUCGAAAAUAGAAUCCAUUCAAACAAUUUUGCCGGUGUUUGGAUUACAUCGCAAAGCAAUCCAACUAUAAGAAGAAAUGAGAUUUAUAACGGACAUCAGGGAGGCGUCUAUAUAUUCGGUGAGGGAAGGGGUCUCAUUGAACACAACAAUAUUUAUGGCAACGCAUUGGCUGGAAUUCAGAUUAGGACAGCUAGUGAUCCAAUUGUAAGAUAUAAUAAAAUUCACCAUGGUCAACAUGGAGGCAUUUAUGUGCACGAAAAGGGACAGGGACUCAUUGAAGAAAAUGAAGUUUAUGCCAAUACAUUGGCCGGUGUCUGGAUUACCACUGGCAGUACACCUGUGCUCAGACGCAACCGAAUUCAUUCAGGAAAACAAGUGGGCGUUUACUUCUAUGACAAUGGACACGGAAGACUAGAAGAAAAUGAUAUAUUCAAUCAUUUGUAUUCUGGGGUUCAAAUAAGAACCGGUAGUAAUCCAGUUAUUAGAAGAAAUAAGAUCUGGGGCGGACAAAAUGGAGGAGUUCUUGUAUAUAAUGGUGGACUCGGAAUGUUGGAACAAAAUGAGAUCUUUGACAAUGCAAUGGCCGGGGUUUGGAUUAAAACAGAUAGUAAUCCAACACUGAGAAGAAAUAAGAUAUAUGACGGACGCGAUGGAGGCGUUUGUAUAUUCAAUGGCGGAAAAGGAGUUCUGGAAGAGAACGAUAUCUUUCGCAACGCUCAGGCGGGGGUUUUGAUCAGUACUCAAAGUCAUCCAGUCUUACGACGCAACCGUAUAUUUGAUGGUUUGGCAGCCGGUGUAGAGAUUACUAACAACGCGACGGCAACUCUUGAGUUUAAUCAAAUAUUUAACAAUAGAUUCGGUGGUUUAUGUUUAGCUUCGGGCGUACAACCAAUACUGAAAGGCAAUAAAAUUUAUGAUAAUCAUAAUGCUGUAGAAAAGGCAGUUAAUAGCGGUCAGUGCCUCUACAAGAUCUCCAGUUAUACCAGUUUUCCUAUGCAUGAUUUUUAUAGGUGCCGCACUUGUAAUACAACCGAUCGGAACGCCAUUUGUGUCAAUUGUAUUAAAACAUGUCAUUCCGGUCACGACGUCGAGUUCAUUAGACACGACAGAUUUUUCUGUGAUUGCGGCGCCGGAACUCUAAGCAAUCAGUGCCAACUUCAAGGAGAACCCACUCAAGACACCGAUACAUUGUAUGACUCGGCGGCCCCAAUGGAGUCGCACACACUUAUGGUUAACUGAUUGCCCAAAUGGUUUCGUAAUAUUAUAUGAAUCAUUUGGUCUAAAUUUAACCACAAUUUUUAGGCAAAACAUUUUAUUGCAAUUUUUUAAACAAAAAAAUGGUUUUUAGGAAAAAUCAUAUCGUUUUAUAAUCAAAGGCUUAAAUUAAUUAUAUUUAUAGUCCAAUAAUUGCCAAAUUAAUAGCUGAAUACACAAAAGAAAAACUAAGUGGAGAUUUGCUUAAUUUUUUUGAACCUAUUAUUUUACGCCACUUUUUUAAUUACGGUAAAGAAAGUAUAGAUUUGAUAGAGACUUAGGUAAACACAGACUUAAUAUUAAUUUUGCUGAUAU